AUGACAUGGAUGCAUGCAUACCGUACCUGCCUGAUCAGUCAUACUCAAACUCUAUUUCAACGUCCAACAUUACCAUUUAAACGCAACUCUGUCCAGGCAACAAAAAACCAACAUAUAUAUUUCACAUUCUUUCGCAACAGAUAUAGGAGUCACACAAUUGAAAAAAUGGAAAAGGAUUCAUACACGACUGAAUUUGAGUCUCUCUUUGGAAGUAGCAACGAGCCAAACAAGCAAACAAUAGACGCUUUCUCCGGUGAAAAUAUGAUGGAUGCCACUACCACCACAAGUAAUAAUCAUAUCAGCAACAGCAAUAACCCCGAUAUUACUCUCGAUGACGGAACUCCGCAUCUACUCCUCGAGCAACUAGCUUACGUAGACAAUUUCAUACCUUCGUUGGACACUCAACCCGCCCAUACCAACCCAGGUGAUGACCCAAAUUUCGAUUCAUGGUUCAUGAAUAAUUUUAAUUCAACUUCAAAUUCAAAUUCAACUUCCAAUUCAAGCCCAAACACAAUAAUCAACAGUUCAAAUUCAUAUCAGAGUAUAAACUCCGAUGAAAGAUUGGCGCUAGAAUUGAAUGCCUUCGCAGCAGAAACUUUUAUCUUCCCAGAUGAAGACAAGCCAAAUAAUGGAAAUCCAAAUGAUUUCCAAAUGAAUAAUCAAAGUCCAGAAGAUGAUAAUCUAAUGGGCAUGCAACCCAAGAUACAAGGUCUUCAUUUCCUCACGCAAAGAAGAAACAAUUUCUUAGCAUCACAAUACGACCAAUCGAAAUCAAGGAUAUCAUCCAAGACUAAACUCAACCCAAAAAGAAAUAGUCCCACUCCAUUGCAAGAUCAUGGGAGUUUUACUAAUUUCAACAUUUCCACCAAUGAACCACCAACAGAAACUGGCACAUCCAUCUCCUCCACCAUGGAUACCCCAAAUAGUAACAUGACAUCCGAGGCAUCUUCCACAUCCGUACCCAAUAUCCAAAUGCCAGACUAUAGUUCCAUCUCUACAUCCACGCUGGUUGCUUUGCUCCCGAAAGUGACAGUCCCACCUUCCGCAUUCAACGCUUUACUCGAUGCUGGUUUUAAACCAGAUCAGAUUUAUGCCAUUGCCGCCAUCAUGGCGUAUCAUGAGAAGCAGAAAUUGAAGCUAUCUAACACCUUUAUACCAACAGACAUUCAGCAGAUGGAAGCAACACCGCAGAAUGCCAAUGCAACAAAUUUGUUACAAUUGUUAACGGGUUCACCAGCACCACAAAAUGCACCUGGAGCUAUAGAACCAGAAGUCAAGCAGCUCCAGCAGCAACAGAGCGAGAAGUCUGCUUUCAACACCGCAUUAUUGGAAUCUGUCUUCGAAUUAGGCAUCAGAAAGAGAGAAUCACCACCAUCAGACCAGAGUGAUGUGACCGAUGAGCCAUUGAAAAGAAGAAAGACAGAAAUUAAAACUGAGAUGAGUCCGAAACACUCACUGAUACAAAGGUCUGCAUCAUACGAUGCACCACAAAUGACGACCUUGCUGCCGAAGAGAGCCAAGAGUGAAGUACAAGAAAUAAAAUCCACAUUGAAGGAAAACCCUCAUCAGAGGAAGAAAGUGAAGGAACAAGAAUUGCAGGGCUCCAUCAACGAAUUAAGCGAAUUGGCUCUUUCUUUGCAACAAAGGAUAAAUACCCUGGAGAUGGAAAAUAACGUCUUGCAAAAAUUGGUCCAUUCUAGUGGCGACAUAAAUACUUUGAAGCCCACUGAUCAAUAA